AUUUUCUGAUGCAUUUCCACCACUUGGAGUGCUGUUUAAAUAUUAUAACCUUGAGUUGUUGCACUUUGGUUACUCUACAGAAGCAUGUUUUCAGCUCCGGGACACCCUUUUUGUAGCUCCACAGCUACUUAGUUAGCUCCGUAUAGCCACUAAUGAGAGCAGCCGGCGCCUACGGAAUGCCUCGGAGGAAAAAAAACGGCCAGAGCCCGGCCAGAGUCCCCGGCGGGCCGCCAGAGGGGGGAAGCCUCGGCCACAACCGACUACCUCAGGGAUUUGACGGGGCCGUGGCGAACAACUUUGCGUCCAGCACCUCGCUCUCCAGCUCCGACAAGGAGAAAAUCGUCACAAGCAUGCAGGAGAUGUUCUCACACCUGGACCCCGAAGUUCUGUACAUCGUGCUGUCCGAGUGUGAUUUUAAAGUUGAACAUGCAAUGGACUCUCUCUUGGAGCUGUCUGUGGCUGCUGAAGUUGCAGCACCUAUACCUUCUCAUGUCUCUGGCUUUGAGCGCACUGCUGCAGCCCUGCUCAGCCCACGCCACUUUUCAGAACCUAGACCAGACUUCACCAAACCAUCGCCGCUGCUCUCCUCUCCUCUCUCCACAAACCUCCUUACAGAAGAGCUGGACCUGCUAGUUGAUCAAGAGCUAGAGGCACUAACCACUCAACUAAGAGUUAAGGAAGAGCGGCACAGCAGCCAGUAUUCAUCUGUUGGUAUGUCCCUUUCCUCUUUCCCUCCACCACCAUUCCCACAGCAGGUCCUCCCUGAGCUGCUUCAGUCCAGCCUGCAGCCUGGAUCUAGAGGGCCUUCUGGAGGUGGCCUGGUGGAGCAUAUUUCUGGAGCUUCCUCUCCGCUCGACCAGCUCAGCAUUUGGGAAGAUGAGAUCGUUGAGGAGCAGCAGUCGAUGGUGGAUUUCACACAUCUGAUGACAGAGACACCUGCAGACAAGACAAAACCUCUGUUGGACCUGGCAGCUUCGGGGCGUCCCUCGGCUUUCCAGGUGUAUAAAAAGCAAGACCCAUCACACGCUCUCUCGGACAAGACUGGGGUCAUUCCCCCUAAAGCGAUCGUUGGAGGAGCAAGAUCCAAGGUGAACACGUUGAAUCAGGAGCCGCUCGGCUACAUGCCGUUGCCCUGGAACUUGCAGGCACCAGUGUUUUCUCCCCGUCUCCAUGGCAACCAAGUGCCAGCCUUCAUUACCCCCGUUGCUUCCAACUGGCCUGGACAACCCAGGCUGCUCAGCCAAGCACCUCUAAGACCUUCUGCUACUAUUCCAAAGUCCUGGGUCCAGCCUGCUGCGCCACAUCCGCCUUCCAAGCACAGCAGGCUGCACUUGGAAGGGAAGGUCCUUGUGAUGCUACGCGGUGCUCCAGGAUCUGGCAAGUCGACCAUGGCAAGAGCCUUAUUAGAGCACAACCGAGGUGGAGUUAUACUGAGCACUGACGAUUAUUUCACUCUGCAAGGACACUAUCAGUUUGACCCCUACGCUCUGGGGGAGGCUCAUGAAUGGAACCAUAAACAAGCCAAGGAGGCUUUUGAAAGGGGCGCUAACCCCAUCAUCAUUGACAAUACCAACAUGCAGGGCUGGGAGAUGAAGCCUUAUGUGGCUCAGGCACUGAAACAUGAUUAUAAGGUGCUGUUCCGAGUGCCGGACACAUGGUGGAAGAACAAGCCCAGAGAACUUGAGAGACGUACCAAACAUAAUGUACCAGCGGAAAAAAUCCGACGCAUGCUUAAUGGUUAUGAGCGCUACGUCACAGUCCAGUCCAUCAUGGGUUCACAGAUGCCUGAGGUGAAACAGCGGCUCAUUCUGGAGAACAGAAGCUCACAGCCAAUGUCUUCUGUAACACCUUGUCCUGACCUUGUAGGGCAGCCUGGAUUGACUGAGCGAUAUAAGAAAUCUCGCCCUCAGCUGUAUUCCUCUCUCCCUGACGUGUCAUCUAUUGGUCGAUCUAGUGAAGUGGGAAUGCUGGAAGACAGCUCCCACAAAUCUUCGGAGUCUCUAAAUUUCCAACCUACUGGAAGAUUUAUGGAACACCCUGAAAUAUCCGACGGGGAUAAUGACAUGGAUUUGGGGGAUUUAGAUUCUGAGUUGGAUGCCAAGUUAGAGCCAAAUCGUCAAAUGGGAGAUCAGAGAAUCCCCGACUGUAUUGUGGAAUCAGUAAUGAGUAAAGAUCACCGUGGGGAUGAAAUGCCUGUGGCUUUCUCUGAGUCUAUCGCACAAAGAGUGAGGAGGGAAAGACCAAGCAGGAGGUCGGGUUUAAACAGGUUGGAGCCUGCAGAUCUGGUGAAAGAUACUAACCAAUCAGACGGCAGGGCAAAUGAGAAGGAAAAGACAAAAGAAGCAGAAGGGCUUGAAAUGGUGAGCUCUGGGAGAGAGAAGGGAAUUCCUACGAUGUUGGAUUUUGUAGGAGAUUGGCCUUGUGAGUCCCUCGAGCAGCGACAGGUGAGGAGAAGAGAAAAGCAUGAAGAAGGAAAUGGUAAAGAAGAUGAAGGCGUGUCUCAAGAAGCUAAGAAAAAUGAACCGAAAAUGCAGUCGCGACCAAAUGGGACAGAGUUUCAGAAGCUUCUUGAUCUUAUUCAGACCGGAGUAGCUGACAUUCAGACCGGCUCUUCCCGCUCGUCCUCCCUUUCCCCGAACGCUAGAGAUGAAUUGGAGAAAGAAGAAGAGGCAGUUGGCAGGUUUGAAGAAUCCCAUGGCAGUAGAUCCAACAGUGAGGAGAGGGAGCAAAACACUAACCGAGUUAACAGCAGCAGAGGGGAAUUACCUGACUGUGUGUUAGGCUGGAAAGCAGCUGAGUCUUGUAAGGUCAAGGAAUCAAGAAUUGAUAAUUGGGAGGGACUUAAAACUGAAAAUGAAGCUAGUAGUAUCACAGGAGGAAAUGAUAAUGUGUUAGAGAUUGGCAGAGAAACAGGCUCUGUGGAUUUGAAAUCAACUAACCCAACAAAUCCCUUCUCAGCUCUGACUGCUGAUUCACUAUUUAGCUCCAGAACUGUGGAGGCAAAUGUUUGCCAUGAGGGAGUGGCGAGCCACCAUAUUGAAGGGGAGGUUGGUACAGAGCUUGCUGCUAGUCAUACUGACACGGACAGGAAUAACUGCCCAGAGAAUCUUGAGAUGAGAGUUGAGGCUAAUAGGAGUCAUAUUAGUGAGGUGUGCCAGAGUCCUGUGUCUGGAGGCUCUGUGGAAGCAGAAAGCAGUGCUUUCAGUGGAGGCAGUCAGGAGAGGAAGCAGCGUCAGGGUCGUAGGUCAGGGAAACAGUGCAAACUAGCCCUCACCUUCACUCAAAACUGCCCUGCUUCUUCACUGCAUACUCUCGAAUGUCCCAAUACCUCAGCCCAAAGUGUCAACAGCACUCAGGACAGCAUUAACACAGAUGUUGAACCUGACUCUAACACUAGCCUUAGCCUUAAACCAGACUCCAAAUCUGAGGCACACCUGCUGCCUCCUUCCCCACUUCCUCUGGUAGACAGCGGCAGCCCCACCCAGACAGAACCUCAAGACUUUGCCCUCCUAUGGCGUCUCAACCGUCAUGACAGCCCUGAUGAUGCAGUCAUCACUGCGUGCAACAACUCUCGUGACAUCACAGUCCUGUUGGGAGACUCAUCUCGCUUUAUGCCGGAGCUGUCCUCUGUUGUCUCUGCAGCAGUUGCAGUUCACCCGUCCGGCCACAGAGAGGUACCCUACCACGUGGUGCAUGAGAAAGGCACACAGGUGGAGGAGAAAGACAUCGGGUCAAAUCAAGACAGACUUGAGAGCCUGCGCAUUCUCAGCCGCCAUUUUAAGCUGGUUAGUUUUGAUACGUUAGAAGAUCUGUAUGACAAAUGCCAUCAGGACUUGGAAUGGACGACCAACCUGCUGCUGGACUCCGGAGAAAGGUUCUUCAGAGAGGACGAUGGUGGGAGGGAGGAGGAGGAGGAGGAGGAGGAUAGUGGUGCUGGGGGUGAAGAUGAGCAGAACUCAUCCAGUUUAUGUCCCAAUGUGAUAGAUGAGCAUCACCCUGAAGGUUGGCCUAAGGGAGAGCAAACUGGUGAAGAGGUGACUCGGCAGUCAACCUUUUGCACAGUUAGUGAAUCCGAUGAAAGCGCCAAUAAUACAGAUGUGCUAAGUUUUGGAGGUGCAGCUGUUCCAGUUAGAAACAAAGAUCAACCUGCUACAACCUCCCACUUAGAAAGACCUCCUCAAACAGAACUUAGUCUGGCUCAUGCAGUAAACGAAGGAGAGAGAUGUGGUGACACUGAAUGCAAAGUGGCAUCAGAAGCUGACCAAGAAGGCGGCGCUUGGGGUGGAAGCUUAGACGAUGGAGUAAUAAUUGAAGAGUCAAGUGUUGAGAUUGAGGAGGAGAUUGCUAGCAUGGACGAGGUACACCGGCUGCUGCAGGCUGAGUUAGAGGAGAUGGAGAGGGAUCAAAAACAGAAGGAGGAGGAGAGGACUGAAAGGAGGCUCAUGGAGGAGAGACGGAGCAGUCACCUGGACAUUCAGAGUGUGGAGCUGAAACUACCCACUGAGCUGGCACUGCAGCUAACUGAACUGUUUGGUCCUGUUGGAGUAGACCCAGAUUCAUGCUCCACUGAUGACUAUGCAGUGCAGAUGGACCUGAACCUGGCUAAACUGCUUCACCAGAAGUGGAAGGAAACCAUUCAGGACAAGCAGAGACAAGCAGCUCUUUCAUUUCACUUGCUUCAGAAAAGUUCAGUGCACUGGGGCGAGUCACAGGUGGGCAGAGCUGGAUCACGAGAGCGGACACAGCCAGCACGUUUCCUGAUUAGUGCAGAUGGUUACGAGUCACUGGACAGCCAACCAGAGGCCCGUGGACAGAUGCCCCUCAUGGACCACUGGAACGUGUCCCACCCACAUGUGUCUCUUAGAGAUAUUAUUAAAGAGGAGCAGGCUUUGCAGAAGAACGUGGAAAAGACCAGACAAAGCCGUGCAGAUCUCGACCGGCGUGAUGGAGCCGCCCUGUUGAAAGAGAACCAACUUUUCUCCCUCUUCCCCACUAUUGACAGGCUUUUCCUCCAGGACAUCUUCAGAGACAACAAUUACAGCCUGAACCAGACGGAGCUGUUUCUUCGCUCUCUACUGGACGAAGAGCCCGUCAAGACAGUGGUCGCCCCAGAGGCUUCUCGGUCCGACCACCUCAGAGCACCCAGCAAGGAGAGAGAGAAGAGGCAGAAGUCCUUCGAGUCAAACGUACCUGACUAUCAAGAUACGGAGGACCCGGAGUAUGAGGACUUCAGGGCCGAGGCCAGCCAACAAAAGGGCCGACAGCACGAGUGUUUUUCCAAGGCAGCUGAGGCCUACAAGCAAGGAAGCAAAGAAGUGGCUUCAUUUUACGCACAGCAGGGACACCAGCAUGGCCAGCUGAUGCGUGAGGCAAAUCACCGCGCAGCAGUUCAGAUUUUUGAGAGGGUCAACUCAUCGCUGCUGCCCAGCAAUAUCCUGGACCUCCACGGGCUGCAUGUAGAUGAGGCCCUGGAGCACCUGGCCCAGGUCUUAGAGGACAAAACCACAGACUGUGAGCAGGGUCUGUGUCGACCUCAGCUCUCUGUCAUCACAGGAAGAGGGAACCACAGCCAGGGAGGCGUGGCUCGCAUCCGCCCCGCCGUUAUAGACUACCUCACCAACAAACGCUACAGGUUCACUGAGCCAAAGCCAGGUCUCGUGUUGGUCUCAUUGAAGUGAAAGGAACGAGGUUUAUUGGCUUCAAGCUAAAGCUGCUAUAAGAGGAGUACACACACACUCUUUCUCUCUACUUCUACAACGCCAAAUAUACAAUUACUACAGUAUAUACAGUAUGGUACACUCGUUUUCUCUUCCGUCAGUUAGCCACCAGCAUUUUAAAUGAAUCCUAGUCUUAAUCUUGGUUAAAUUGAGGUUAAUUUGAGUUCAAAUCAUAAUCUUAAACCGAUCUUAAUAAGAAUAUUUUUUCUUUUGUGUUUAUUAAAAAUAGAGUACUUUUAUGCAGCUGUAAAGCUAGAAUGUAUUGUACAUUUUACAUUUUUAAAUGUUUGGUGUAUCAUACUUUGCAUUUAUUUUUAAAGUCUUUGGAUGAGAUGUUUAAGAAGUAUUUUGAAUGCUUAAUGUUGAAAUAAGGUGUUAUUUAUUCAUUCUUACAUUUACUAUUCUGGAGUCAUGUUUAAGAUGUAUUGUGGGGAUUUUAUGAAACUUCAAAUGAAUCAGGAUUGCAUGCUGUCUGCUUGGAGGUUGCUCUCUAUGAAUUUAAGUAUUAUGGCAUCCUUUUUGAGACACUAAAGCAUUUUAUUUGGUGCAAUUCUUUUAAUAUUUAAUGCCAUCUAAUCGGAGAAGUUAUCACAAAACCAAACGCUGAGAAGAAGGGAGAGUAGUGUGUUGCAUGCGUCUUGCUCACUAGGAGGUUGUGCCUGAAACUCUUCAGAUGAUCAAAAAGCCAAUGAAAUAGUUUAACAACCUUGUUAAAUAGUCUAAACAUCCUCCUGCAGCAAUCGAUCUCCUGUCUUAGCCUCAGCAACAUACUGCAAUCUUACUUAAGGUCAAGCCUAGCUGCUAAUAUAUUGAUAUUCAAACUCAGGUAGAAAAAUCAUCAUUGUUAGGUUUUCUCUUUCAAGGCCAAUUGAUUUCUUUCUCCAGCCUGUUCUUGGUAGCUAUUUUUUAAACGCCUUGUGCCAAAUCUUGUAGCAGUUGUUUUCCUCAGGUUGCUACUCUAUUUUUGUAGGUUUAAAAUAGCUUCUGUUUUUCUAUCUGUGUAAUAUUUUUUCAUAAUGGUUCAACAACAAUGUUGACACAUUUUACUGAUUGUAUUGGAUGUUGUGAACACACGAAUUAUAAAGAGAAGUUUUUUAUUUUUUUAAUUCAUUUGUUCAAAUGGUUUUUACAGAGAAUAUUGUAUAAAAACUUGUGGAAUAAACUAUUUGUUUACAGUUUAA